AUGGGAGCAACUACAUCUUCGCAAUUAGAAAAGGACCUUGGGGCAGAUCAGGCUUUAGCUAAUGAACAUUUUUAUGGACUUGUUAAUUUUGGCAAUACCUGCUAUGCAAAUUCUGUUAUCCAAGCUUUAUAUUUCUGCAAGCCUUUUCGUGAAAAGAUUUUAGCUUAUAGACAAUCCCAUAAAAAAUCAGGAAUUCAAAAAGAGAAUUUACUUACUUGUUUAGCCGACCUUUUCUCUAACAUUUCUAGUCAAAAGAGACGAGUUGGAACAAUUGCCCCAAAAAGAUUUGUGACAAAAUUGAAACGAGAAAAUGGUUUUUUACUUUUUUGUGUAACCUCUUCAUCUUAUUUUCCUUCGUUUUAUCUCUGA